AUGACACACAGGAGCCCGCAGGGGGCGGUAACGGGUUACGGGAAAAGAAGAAGAAGAACUGGAGGUGGAACUACACGGAGAAGAUCGACAGUUCCAGUCGGACACAGAUUCGGUGACGCCACAGCAAAACGAACCGCGCGGAGGCUAACAGCUAGCAGUGCCAGACCCGCAGUGCCAGCCCGGUUCGACACCAGGGAGCAUGCACGCGGACUUCCGGGCUCCCCGGCGCCGCCUCCGGGUCACGGAGGAGCUCGAGGCUCCGCUGCCGCUCAGCCCGCGCGAGAGGAGUCACUUCCGGGCGGAGCUCCUCAAUGAGCACGUGCUGGUCUGUGAUCCGGAACACAGCCAGAAGAUCCACGACCAGGGUUACUUUGGUAAAGGCGUUCUGUCCAGAUCCAGACCGGAGCACGGCAUCUCCGACCAAUGGGAGCAACACGACGGCGUGUUUCUCCCUGUGGUCUCACAGGCCAGGUAUGAGGAGCUGCUCAAGUUGGCGGGGUCAGCUCUGUCUGCUCAGGGAUGGGAUGAAGAGGCUGUUCAUCAAGCCUUGCUCAGGCUUUCUCAGCCAAUACAAAUGGACGAUGUGAGGAACCAGAUGGGAGGGGGGGAGGAGGCAGAGGAGAACGGUGAAAGGGGGGAGAAGAACCUGGAACAAGAAGGAGGAGUCAGCCCCCAGAAGAAGAGGUCAAGACGGGGGUCAGAGGUCGAAACGGAGGCCAAGAGAAGUUGCAGCUCAGACCAGGACUCCGACUCCAGCUCAGACUGUAGUCCUGACUCGGAUCCUGAUCCUGCUCCUCUGGUUCCUGGUCCCGGUUUCCUCUUGGUGGUCUCUGACAGUGAGGCUGGAGGCGGGGUCAGGGAGGUGAGGCGGACCCCGUUCUUUCUCUCAGAGUACCUGCAGCUCAGUCUGGAGGAGGCCUUCUUCCUGGUCUACAGUCUGGGCUGCCUGUCCGUCUACCUGCAGCAGAAGCCCCUGUCCAUCGUGCAGCUAUGGAGGACGUUUCGGUCCCUGCGUCCUGAUUUCGUCAGCUCCUAUGCAGCCUAUCAUCACUUCCGCAGUAAGGGGUGGGUCCCUAAAGGAGGGGGCGGAACCAAGUAUGGCGUAGACCUCAUGUUGUACAGGAAAGGACCACCUUUCUACCACGCCAGCUACUCGGUGGUAAUUGAACGGGCUGACGAUGCAUUCAGGGCCUCGCCUUUGCGCCCGUUUUCGUGGCGUUCUCUGGCAGCUCUCAGCAGGAUUACCGCCAACGUGUCGAAGGAGCUGAUGCUGUGCUACGUCAUCUAUCCAGCCGACCUAUCAGAGGCUGAGUUGGACUCACCUGUGUGUCUGAGCAGGCUGAAGGUCCAGGUGAGGAAAUCCCAAAAUGUUGAUUCUGCUCACCUUGACGUAGUCAGUGGGAGAACCGUCAUCAUCAUCAUCAUCAUGUAGGAGGAGCGUCAGGGGUCAGUAAAGCUCCCGUUUCUGCAACAGCGACGUAGCGACCUGUUAUCAGGAAUGUUAACUAGGAGCAAUUACCCAUUAGCCAUGUUAGCCAUCUGCAAAUAACGAGUGAGACCGGAGCAGAGCAGCCAAUCAGCCGAGCAGAGCGGAGGAGGACUCAUGGGACUCAAUGAAUAGAAGCUCUGCCUCAAUGACCGAGCUGCUAGCAAUGGGGGCGGGGUUCAGGGUACCAAGCUCCUAUUGAUGGGGGGAGGGUUCAAGGUAACGAUGGGGGGUUAGGGUUGCCUGCUGGGGAAACACUUUGGUGAUGUAGUUGUGUCUCCACAGGAAGUGAUCGUCAGCAGGUGGGUUUCCUCCAGAGAGCGAGCGGAGCAGGAUGACAUCUAAUUGGCUGGCGUGAGAAGCUUAUGAGGUCAUGAAAUGGUGAUGUCACAUAACAAGUCAUGAGGCGUCAAAUAGAAUCUGUGUUUUCCGUUAAAAGACUUUAAUGACUGAAGAAAGAAGAAAUGUAAGCCCUCUGCCGGCCUCUCACCCUCACAUGGUGAUCAGCUGACAGGUGUUGAGGAACAGUCAUUCACUGACCUUUGACCCCAGGCCUUCAGGUACAUGAUUGGACCUGAAUGCCUGUGUUUGUAUGAAGUUCACAAGUUUUUACCUGCUUUGGUGAAAUGCUGCCAUACCUGUGUGUUGCAGGUGACUUUUCUGUUUCUAAUAAAGGUGAGCACACCUGAA